CUGUGUUUUUGCAAAGAAUUAGUUAAAACGAGAAGAAAAACAAUUGUGUAACAAGAUUUUUCAUUGGAUUACUUUUUAUUAAAAUGAUGAAAAAUGCUUCGAACAAAGAGAAAUUACGUGUGAAAAUUCUUUUGGAAACUCAAAAACUAACAAAAGAAAUUGGCGAAAAUUUAAAUAUGACAAUUGAUGAUAGAGCUAAUGAAUUAAUAUCAGAAUUAAUUUGGAAGAAAUUAAAUCUUUAUGGUUCUGAUUUAGAAUGUUUUGCAAAGCAUGCAAAACGGUCCUUAAUUACUCCAGACGAUAUUAAAGUAUUAGUUCGAAGAAAUGUAGGUUUGAAAGAACACAUUGUAGAUAAAGUUGAAAAUGUGAAAUCGAAUAAAGUAAAGAAAAAGAAGGAAGAUAAGUCUCCUGCCGCUCCAUAGAUCUGAAGAAUGUGUCCUUAUUAGUAUUAAUAAAAUGCGGGCUUUAAGUGUCAUUUCUUAACAUAUCUUUUUUUUACUUUUUUUAA